AUGUGGGCAGGGCUGGGGCUAGUUCUGGCUCUCUGUCUCCUCCCAGGAGGAGGGACAGAGAGCCAGAACUGCAGGGAGCCCCCGGAAUGGCGUAUUGGGGAGGAGAACCCAAUGCUGAACUCCAGGGGCUCAGUGACGGUGGUGGCUCUCCUCCAGGCUAGCUGAUACUUGUGCCUGCUGCAGGCUUCCAGGUUGGAGGACCUGCGGGUGAAGUUAGAGAAUGAGGGACUGGUCAAUAUCUCGUAUGUGGUUGUCAACCAUCAAGGAACUUACUCCCAGAGGAAAUUUCACCAACUGAAAGAAAGUGUUUCAGACUACAUUACUGUCUACCAGCAAGAUGAACAGCAGCCUGAUGUCUGGACUACCUUAAAUGGAAACAAGGAUGACUUUCUCAUCUAUGACAGAUGCGGCCGUCUAGUGUAUCAUCUGGGUCUGCCCUACUCCUUCCUGUCUUUCCAAUACGUAGAAGAAUCCAUUAAGAUUGCAUACUGUGAAAACAAGUGUGGAAACUGCUCUUACACGGAACCUCAUCUUGAUGGUAUAUGCGAAAACAUCACUAAGAAAGCAGAGGACAAGCUGGCAGAGAUAGAGCCCAAACCCACAGGACAGAAUUCCCCUCACCUCAACCCGCACAGGCACAGGGAACACCACCACCAUCGCGAGGGCAGUCGUCAUUCCAAAAAUGAGGACAAGCAGGCGCCUGGAUCUCAGAGACAUCAUCCUCACAGCCGUCGGCGUCAUAGAGUUUUUGGCCAUAGCAGGCACGAUCAGACAGGGGGUCACGAACAGGUAGAUGCUGUUCCUCCAGGAGAAAGUGUGGAAAGUGCACAAGAUAAAAAGCUAUGAAAAAAAGGGAAAACCAGCUGUAAGAACCAGCUAACUUGAAACUGGCAGCAGACAGCAUCAGACUCAGCUUCUAGCAGCUGAUGCUGCCAUUGACGACACCUUUUGUUUGAAGAGCUGGGAAAUGCUGUCACUUGACAGUGUCGAGGAGCACUGCCAAACUCUUGCAGGUGACAUGGCCAGCUGUCAGCAGAGGACAUCACUGAGUCUUGACAGUGACGUCUGCUCACGGCUGCCUGACAGUCGCCAGCAGCAGGGGCAAGUGGCACUAGUGACACCUGACAGUGACAGGAAGAGGCAAGCAACUGA